UAUAAGCCCGAGGUAAACAAGAAAAUUAUCAUUUGAUCGUUAUUUAUUUCAUUCAUCUCAACAUCCAUUCUUGGUGUUAUAUCUGUUUCAUUUCAGAUAAUAAUUAAGGACUUAGUUAUGUUAUCAUUUGUCCUUUUACUGACCAUUCUUUCUGCACUGGUGAACGCAUUAGACAAUGGACUGGCUUUAACACCAACAAUGGGAUGGAGAAACUGGGAAAGAUUUAGAUGUGAAGUGGACUGUGAAACAUACCCAAAUGACUGUAUUGGUGAAAAAUUAUUUAUGGACAUGGCCGAUGCUAUUGUAGCUGGUGGCUUUAAGGAUGCCGGUUAUGACUAUGUCCUUCUGGAUGAUUGCUGGCCAGCUCCACAUAGAGAUUCCUCAGGAAGGUUACAAGCAGAUCCAAAAAGAUUUCCUCAUGGGAUUAAAGCACUGGCUGAUUAUAUCCAUUCUAAAGGUCUUAAGUUUGGUAUUUAUGAAGACUUUGGUACAAAGACAUGUGCUGGUUACAUAGGUAGUGAGUUCUAUAUGCAGACAGAUGCCCAGACAUUCGCUGAUUGGGGAGCAGACUUAGUUUUCUUUGAUCAUUGCUAUGCUGCAGCUAAGGAUAUGAAAUAUGGUUUUCCCAUUAUGGAGUUUUUCUUGAACAAAACUGGCAGACCAAUGAUAUUUACUUGUCCUUGGCCUAUGGACAACAGGAUACAACAUAUAAAGCCAGAUUUCCCUGCUAUAAGAAAAACCUGUAAUAUGUGGAGAAUUUACAAUGACAUUGAAGAUUCCUGGGACAGUGUGAUAGGGAUUAUCAAUUGGUGGUCUAAAGACUGGUACAACAUGUCAUCUUAUCAUGGACCUGGAGGAUGGAAUAACCCAGAUAUGAUAGUUGUAGGUAACUUUGGGCUGAGUCCUGAUCAGGAAAAAGUACAUUUUGGGAUGUGGUGUAUAUUUGCUGCACCAUUACUUCUGGCUAAUGACUUGAGAAGUAUAAACAAUCGGUCCAAGGCUUUGCUACUGAACAAAAGACUUCUUAUGAUUAACCAGGACUCUUUAGGUAUACAAGGAAAACCAAUUCAAAUGGGUGAUGUACAAGUGUGGACUAAGCCUAUUCUACCCAAGGGAAGUAAAGCAGUAGCUGUAGUAUACACAGUACAAGGAGGAAACUUUAUACGAGUCAAAUAUCCCCUGGAAUUCUAUGGACUAGAUGCUGGAGAUUAUCAUCUAACAGAAGUAUUCGAAGGUCAUGAUUUAGGACAACAUAACAAAUCCUCCAUUAUAAGUUUUACUGUAAAUCCUACUGGUAUAUAUAUGUUUACAGCUAAACCGGUGAAUUAAUUGUAUGUGUAUUCUUGUUGUUCAGUAUAUUUAGUCUCUGAUAUCAACACACAAUGUAUCAAUUAUGUGGGUUCUACUUUAUAAUUUAUUCUUUACAAAAGUGUUAUCUUUGCUUCAUAUUUGAUUAACUGUGAUUGAGGAGAAUGUAAUCAUUUUGAUUUUUUUUGUCACAAGAUUUUGUAUAAGUUAAAAUUGUUUAUUUUUUAUAUAGCUGCAUUUUAAAAGCAAUCAAACGAAAUCCUAUUGUUUUACUAUACUUAAUAAUUCCUAUUUACAUUUAUAUUUACUCAGAUUGCUAUAGAUUAUACAUUCCAAAGUUUACAUAUUUAUUUAAAUAAUAAUAAUGAUUAUAGUUAUUAUUAUUAUAAUUAAAGAGGGUUACACAGUUAGCUAUACCACUUACUUCCCUGAGGCCCUCGAUCAUGAAGUGCAAUGAAAUAUUACUGUUAAUUUUUGUCUAUAUGUAUAGAAGUUUUCAAAUGGUCCCUACUUUGUCCCGUAUAAACAUAUUUCAAGCAAAUUUAUGUUCCCAAGUUUAAGAAAAGCAUUUGUAUUGCAUUCAUACUUUAAUUACAAAUAUGUCUAGAAAUUUUUGCAUGGAUUUAUUAUUGUGAGAUUAUUUAUUGUGUUUUUUUGUGGAAAGGACAAAAAAGUGAGAUUAAUUAUUUUGAUUGUUGAGGGGGGAUAGGACCUUUAUUGGGACUCCAAGAUCGGGAUCGGGUGUUUUUAAGCUUGGGAUUUCAGGAUUGACCCUUUCGGGAUCUGGGAAUCCUUGUUUUUUUUUAAAUUUCGGGACGUCAGGAUUUAUUUUAUUUAAACUUGGGACCUCAGGAUUUCGUGUUUUUAAGCCCAGGAUAUUGGGAUCAGGUCCCCUCGGCCUCCUAUCCCCCUCAUUGUUGUGGCAAGGACAAAAAAGGAAGAUUAAUUAUUGUGAUAGUAGGAAAGUCUGCAUACAGUUAUAUGUAUCAGCUGAUAUCAGAUUGUCAGUUCCUGUUAUUGAGAUACUCAAUUGCAACAUUCCCAUUAAUAAAAACCUGAAUUAUCAGUUAUUAUAAAAGAUCAUAACACAUAGAUACAUUGAUCUCAGACCAGAUAUCAACCCCCUCCCAAAACCAUGUCUUUUAUAGCCUUACCAAGCUAAACCAGUGAUGUGUCCCUUGGUCUGUCAAAUUUCAAGUUUUCAUUACUGUCAAACUAAGGGAAUCGUUUAAAACUUCUCUGUCUAGCUGGCUCUUAGAUAAUGUUUGUGUCAAUGGUAUAUGUUAAAGUAAACUCUGUCUUUUCAGUAAUGGCUAUUGGGUAUCACUCAGCGAUGAUAAAUGUUGUGCUGUCUUAUAUAUUGGAAUAAUCAUUUCAGGGCUUUUUACAGCUGACUUUGAAGUAUGGAUUUUGCUCAUUGUUGAACCCUUAUGGUGACCUAUAGAUAAUAAAUUCUUCAUCAUUUUGUCACUGGUGGAUAGUUGCCUCAUUUGCAAUUAUGCCACAUCUUUUUUGCCUGUAUUUUUACAUAUUGUGUCCUAGUCCUGUUUAGGAUUUUUUUACACUGAGAGUGUAACUUCACAUGCAUUUAUAGCCUUCUAUGGUGUAGCAUCUUUUUGAAAUUAUGUAAAUUCCUUCUACCGGUAUAUGUUAUAUUAUUUUUACUUUUGUAUCUUUGUAAUUUAUUUAUGAGAUUUAACAUACAUCAACUAUGCUGUAUGGGUUUUACUCAUUAUUGAAGGCUAUAAGGUGACCUAUAGUUGUUAAUUUUUGCAUUAGUUGGUCUCAGGUAGAGAGUUGUCUCAUUGGCAAUCAUACCACAUCUUAUUAUUAUACUAUUGCCUAAAUUUAGAACCACAGUAAGAUUGUUACCAAGAACAAUUUUUUUGCUUGAGUGAAUCAGAUGAGACAGUAUAAUAAUGCAUAAUAUUUAAGCACCUUAGCAUAUUCAUUGAAAUUGUAUCUCAUUUUAUACUGCAAGUUUAUAUAUAUAUAUAUAUGAUGUAUGUUUUGUCCUUGUUUUUAUUUA